AAGAAGCAGGUUUUGGAUAUGAAUGGCUGGUUAGCUAUACAAUGGACUGAUACAAGAUAUGCUUGGGAUCCAGCAAGUUAUGGAAAUAUUUCAACAGUUAGUUUACCUUGCCAUGACUUUGUUAAACCCGAUGUGAAAUUGUAUAACAGUGCUCAUGAUGGUGUUGUUGUCCAGGGAGAAUUUAACUGUGUCGUUUCUUCAAAUGGUCUUGUUACUUAUAUACCACAAGUUUCCAUACAUAGCCAUUGUCCUAUACAGAAUCCUACAUCAGAUGAGUUCACUUGUCAUUUGAAAUUCGGCUCUUGGGCGCAUCCUUGUAAGGACCUGAGCAUAAACAAGGAUGAGUCCAAGUUGGAUGUAAGCGUAUUUAAAUCUAACUGGAGGUUUGAGAUUAUUGACCAUUCAUCUGAAGUCAUCUCUAAGAAAUACGACUGCUGUCCUGACAUCUAUUGUUCCGUUGACAUGGAACUGAAA